AACUGUGCAGAUUGUUGUUAAAACUCCUACUGGUCAAACAUUAGAGUUGGAUGCCCUGCCAUCAGAUACUAUUAAAGAAUUAAAAGAGAAAAUCCAUGCUAGAAAUAAUUGUUCUUUUCAUGGUAUUAGUUUUAAAGGUAAUAAAUUGGAUGAUAGCAUUAAACUUUCUGAUAUAGAAGCAGAAAAUGGAUGUGUAUUUUAUUGUUAUAUUCAGAUCUUUGUUAGAACUCCUAAUAAUGAAACAUUAGAGUUAGAUGCCCUGCCAUCAGAUACUAUUAAAGAAUUAAAAGAGAAAAUCCAUGCUAGAAAUAAUUGGUCUUUUCAUGGUAUUAGUUUUGAAGGUAAUAAAUUGGAUGAUAACAGUAGAAUUUCUGAUAUAGGAGCAGAAAAUGGAUGUACAUUUUAUUGUUGUAUUCAGAUCUUUGUUAGAACUCCUACUAAUGAAACAUUAGAGUUAGAUGCCCUGACAUCAGAUACCGUUAAAGAAUUAAAAGAUAAAAUCCAGACUAGAAUUAUAUGUUCUUUUCAUGGAAUUAGUUUUAAAGGUAAUAAAUUAGAUGGUAGCAUUAGACUUUCUGAUAUAGGAACAGAAAAUGGAAGUACAUUUUACUGUUAUAUUCAGAUCUUUGUUAGAACUCCUACUGAUGAAACGUUAGAGUUAGAUGCCCUGCCAUCAGACACUGUUAAAGAAUUAAAAGAGAAAAUCCAUGCUAGAAAUAUUUGUGCUUUUCAUAGUAUUAGUUUUAAAGGUAAUAAAUUAGAUAAUAACAGUAGACUUUCCGAUAUAGGAGCAAAAAAUGGAUGUACAUUUUAUUGUUGUAUUCAGAUCUUUGUUAGAACUCUUACUAAUGAAACAUUAGAGUUUGAUAUCUUUCUAUCAGAUACUGUUAAAGAAUUAAAAGAGAAAGUCGAUGCUAGAAAUAAUUGUUCCUUUGGUAUUAAGUUUAAAGGUAAUAAAUUAGAUGAUAGCCAUAAACUUUCUAAUAUAGGGAUAGAAAAUGGAUGUACCCUUUUUUGUUGUGAUCAGUAUAAUCAAAUAUUUAUUAAAACACCCAUUAAUGGAACUGUAGAGUUAAAUGUCUUGCUAUCAGAUACUGUUAUGGAAUUAAAGCAAAAAAUCCAGACCAGAGUGGGUUCAUCAAUUCACCGUAUUAGUUUUGAGGGUAAUGAAUUAAAUGAUAACUGUAGACUUUCCGAUGCGAGGAUAAAAAGCGGAUCUACACUUUAUUGCUUUAUUCAGAUUUUUGUUAAAACUUUAACUGGUAAAACCCUUACUUUCCAAGUAUGUCUAUCCGACACUGUUGGCUAUGUAAAGCGCCUGAUUCAAAACACCGAUGGUAUACCAAUAGAUCAACAACAUAUGAUUUUUGCUGGUCAACAAUUAGGUGACCAUUGUAAACUUUCAGAUUAUAACAUUCAAAAUGAGUCUACAUUGCACUUGGUGACCCGUCUUCGUGGCUAA